CCUGAACAACAAGGUAGGACAUAUUUCUUGGUGAGCGAACUGUGAUCUCCACAAACAUGUUUACAUUUUCGGAUUUAUAGUUCGCCAAACGGAAUCACCUCAACUGCCAUUAUGAGCCAGCCGCACAGAGGGCAAAGGGGGAGAAACGGUGGUCUCCACGAGCAUCGGGAACACAGGCCACGACGGGAGCUGCAGCACAAUGCUAGACAACCAUCAAGCGACAGGUCCUCUUCUCAGCCUCCAUAUUACAGGGACUCCACACCCCCUCUUAAACAUGUGCGGCACCAAGAAGCCCCAGGAGAGGAUCAUAAUGGGUCCAAAUGCACCAAUAUCUGCUCUAGGAGAGGUAUCGUGUUGAUCUGUUCAGUCCUGACCAAUGCCCUGGUCCUGAUCUGUGUGGUGGCAGCUCAGAUGGUGAUGUCAGGCAUGUCUGCUAUGGGUGGCCUGGCGGGAGGCAGCUUCAACCUUAACACUAACAUCCCCUUCGAGGGCCAAGAGCUGCAACAGGUGAGAGACCUGGACAUGCAGUACAGCCAGAUGAGAGCUCCGGGAAUCUACGGGGGCGUGGCAUUUGCCCUAGUCUUCGGUGUUGUCUCCCUCUUGUUCGUGGUCUCCGGGAACAAGCCCGCUCACCUGCUGGGCCAGAAGCUACUGAUGGGAGCCUUGGUGUUCCAGGGUUUGGGAGCAGUACUCUACGUGGUGGCUGUGGGGUUGUACCUCCACUUUGUCAUCCAGGUAAACAGUACAGACGUGUGUAAGAGAAGGGAGAGGCUGUACGCACGUUCAGGUUUAACCUGGAUGAACUGUGAUGUGGGAGGGGCAGACGCGGCCGUUGCUUUGUUCGGGCUGAUCACUGCGAUACUCUACACUGCCGGUACGGUGCUUACAUUCCACACGGUGCGCUGGGUCAGGGGCUACCUGAAGGAUCGCAGGCUACACGAGGAGAGAGAUAGACGCCCCCCUACUGCCAGCUCCCACCCCCAUAGGGCACCACUACGCUCUGAUACCGCUCUGUGACGGAGACGCAGCUUGAGCCCCAAAUGGCACCCUAUUCUCUAUAGAGUGCACUACUUUUGAUCAGGGCCCAUAGGGCUCUGGUCACAAUAAAUAGAUUGUAGGAAAUCGGGUGCCAUUUGGGACGACACCGCAGAUGAAACCCGGAAGGGACCAAAGUGCUUUUUCUCUCGAUCCCUUUUCAUUAAAACUGUCUGUCCAAUUGACAGUAAUGGGACUUGCAACUACCCACUGGGUAACGAUGUCAGUUCAACAUCUAGUUUUGAUUUACUUUUGAGUUGUCAACAGUUAAAUCAACAAAAAUGUGAACCAUUUAGGUUUAAAGUAGGGUGGAAAAAAGACAUCUCCCUAACUUCUUGCAAAUCCAGUAAGUUUGAUGUUGAUUCCAAUAUCAUCACCUUGAAUGUUUUGUUGAAAUGACAUGGAAAACAAUGUUGAUUUGCCCAGCGGGUAAGGUGUUUACAGAGCAAGCUUCUGAAAAGCAUUGAUUUGAUAUGAAUCCCUUUUUAACUGCAACAUGAAUGAUCUCAGACUGGUCUUGUUACUCGUCAAUAACACUUGUGUAUGUGUGUGUGUAUAGGUUGCAUGUAAAUAAACCUUUACAUUUAUCUGC